AUGGCAGACUGUCACCAGGAUACUGCUGUAAACAGUGGCUGCCUUACCCCUUCGCUGCUGGCUGUGUCCCAGGCAAGCACCAUGCUGGCUAUUUAUGACAUAUACUUUCUAUGUUCUUUCUUGCAGAUGAUAAAACUAACUCCAGGGGUGUGAUACUGGAAAGAUGAAACUAACACACUUGAAUUUGCAAGCUCCAAUCCAGCAGCUGAGGAAAACCCUAAGGAAGAAAAUAUUCACUUUCAGGAAAUGCGUGUCAAGACAUUAAAGAGCAUCUUCCGAGAUGACUGCAGUGUAACGCUCCCUGAAAAGCAGCUGGGUGACAAAGAAAAAUUGCAUAAGCUGUCCAAGUGGGUACAACAUGAAUAUGUGACAUUGGAUGAUGUCAAAUAUGCUGCUUUGCUUUUGAAAUAAUCAAAUGAGUCACAUCACAUGUAUCCUUUCUACCUUCCAUUUAGGAAUGAGAAACUAGAUGAGUUCUUCAUGGCCCUGCUCUUCUACUUAUCUUUUUACUUGGAAAAAAUUGCCCUGGAAAAGAAAUGCAGAUCCUUGAAUUUGACUAUGAUAUUUUUGGAGAAGAAAGAAAUGGACGAUGUGUUGGCGAAGUUAGCGGCGACCAGGAUUCACCUUGCCAAGGUGUACUGUAACCUUAUUCUUGGACAAGGCAUGGCACAGCAGCACCCCAUGCCUAGUGGAAAGAGAAAAGCAUCGUUGCAAAAAGAUCGGAGCUUCUUUGAAGGCUUCUACAACUUCUGCAGCUAUGUGACUUGGCUUGUGUUCAGACGGAAGCACUUCCAAGUGAUUCGGGAAGCAAUCGGCAGGAUCCUUUGCUCUGAUGUGUUCAAUCCUGCCUGAAGAGACAGGAACAAUGUUGACUUGCAGAAACUGCGAGGCCGGACUGCUCAUGCAAAUACAGUGCGAUUGCCGUGUCCGAGAAAAGUCCACGCCAAGCAUCGUUCCAUAAACAGCAUGGUUCACCAGUGCUCACCAGUGCUCAGUAUGCUGCUGCCCUUACCGAAGGACAGUACUCAAUAUCUGUCCCAGAACCACUACUGUCGGGGCAGAGACCCUCAACCUUGCAUGUGUGAUGGCCUGCCGGGCUUCUCUGAGUUGUUCGCUACCAAGGUUGGCAUCACUGGUACUCAUUGUAGUGAGUUAAAAUCUUUUAUGCCUGAUGGGACGAUGGAGGAGGAGGAGGAGGAAGAAGAGGAGGAACAAGAACGAGUAAGGAGUGGUUUCUCCAUCCUGACAAAUGAUCUCAGUUUGCCACCUCUGAGAAGCCCCCGAACAGGAGAGGAGGAAGUGCAGAGCAGCUACUGGUGUCGCUCAGAAGCAGUUGAGCUCCUGGAACUGAAGGAUGAUGUUCACCAUGUUGCGUUUGCCCCUUUCCAGAUUCAAGGCAGGUUCCUCACAGUCUCCUUAAGCAGAGCAGCUCCAUGGGGCUACUUUCUUACCAUGAAAGAGUGA